UCACAGGAUGGAGAAGUCCAGGAAGAUCUCUGUCAGCAUCCUCCUGUUUGUCCUGACUCUGGAAAUCUGCUCUGCUCAACACUGGUCUUAUGGCCUGCAACCAGGAGGAAAGCGGAGCGUGGAAAACACGAUGGGAUCAUUUCAGGAGAUUGCAAGUGACACGGCAGAAAUGGGGGAAGUGCAGAGGACAGAAUGCCCAGGCUCGUACCAGCGCUCCAGGCUCAGCGCUCUGAAGGAAGCCGUGGAAAGUCUGAUGGAAGAAGCCAGACGAAAGAAGCCUUAACCCGUGAAGCCAAAGGGAACAGACCCAGAAUAACAUGUCAAAGCUAUCAGAAUUCUCUUCCCAAACCCCUAAAUUCUCUUCAAAUGGACUUUGCUCAGAUUGCUGUAUGUGAAUAAAUC